UAAUUAUUAGUUAUAACAUUUUCGAUUAUCAUUAAAAUGUCACUUUUUAGUCACAUCACCAUGGUGAAAAUAUGUGUGAUCUGUGGUAACGUCAGUGGUCUUGAUGGAGUGUCUGUGCACAGGUUUCCACUGAAUGACGAGCAGAGACGUCAAUGGGUGUUGUUCGCCGAGAUCAAUGGUUUGUAUGCUCAACAGAUAUUUGUCAACUCAAAACUGUGUUCGAGACAUUUUGUCCCUGGUCGUGACUACGCUUUGGGCAGAAUUCGUCGCCGUCUAUUACCAAGAGUAGUACCAUCUUUAUUAGUUCAACCGGUCUUGGAGAUUGCGGCACUAGGCAACGAACAAGAAGUGGACGUGGCUAUCCCUGAUGACAACGAGAUAGAGGUGGAAAUUAUUGAAGUCCAAAUGGAUGAGGUAAUGAUGGACAUAAAUGAAGAAGACCCAUUGCAACCCGAGGAAGUGGUACAAGGUGACAUUGAGUUUGUGGAUUUACUGCCUGCUGAUAUAUUUGACUAUUUACUACCAGGCGUCGAUGAAGAGUUUGUGCCGAUUCCACCGGGUGUUCCCAGAGCGCACGUGCCCAUGAGAGACCGUCUGGCUGGCAUUCAAUAUGAACUUCCAGAGCGCCAUGACAUUGGACCAUUGGAUGCCGUCUGCACGCAAUGUGGUGCCCGUCAUUUCUCUUGCGAACGUGUAAACAGAAAUCAUUUUACAACGUGUUGUAAUAACGGUCAAAUGGCCGUUACAGGAGAGCGUGUGUUGGGUCAACCACCAGAGUUAUUAAUUCGUUUGUUGAUAGAUGAUUCACAGGUAGCUAAACAUUUUCGCAAAGAAAUCCGUCGGUACAACAACACACUGGCAUUUGCUGCGUUCUCCACUGACCUCAACCCAAGACGUUUGCCAGGUCCGGGACCGAGAGUGUUCACUGGCAGGGUGUACCGCAGAAUUAGUAAUGACGUUGUCAGGAAUGAACUGAUGCAACCGAAAUACUGCGAGUUAUAUUUCAUUGAAUCCGAGUCAGCCAACCAGAUUCGUAUGGCACAACAACCACGCACAAGCCCAUUGUUGGAGAACUUGCUUACAGACUUGGACAGUCUAUUACGGCAAAUCAAUCCAUUCGCAGUGGCUUUUGAAAACAUGCGACAAGUAUGGCAGAGGGAACAAGAUGCUGCUGCUGCCAAUCCCAUGUUACAACCGAGAAGGGUGACCAUGCACAUAAUUGCCGACCCAAACAAUGAUCCACGGCGAUACAAUCAACCAGCUGCUCAUGUGAACGAGGUAGCUGUCGUCUUUGUUGGUGAAGAUGGUCAACCACCAGGGAACCUAGAUCUGGUUAUCUAUGACUCCAACCCGGUUAACCCAAAUCACCGGAUGCAAAGCAUAUCAGCAGGUUCGUCUCAUGCGGAUCCAAUGUUGUAUCCACUGUUCUUCCCGUACGGAGAAACCGGAUGGCAUUACAACUUACUACAAGAGGGCAACCGCCGAAACACGGUUCGGGUUCGUAACACCAUCAGAGAGUUUGUAUGUUACCGUCUGGCCAUUAGAUACACUGGAAACAAUAGCAAUGGGAAUGAAGGUAAUACAUUUAGUUUAUUGCAUGCAGGUGGUUUUUUAUUGCAGCAGUUUGUGUGUGAUCAAUACGUCCGUAUGGAAGCGAACAAUCUGCGCUACACUCGAGACAAUCAGAGAGCGCUUUUUGCUGAUGCAUAUCGGGGCCUUGUGGACCACAUAAACCAACAGCUCCACGUUGACGAAAUCAACCCUGUAGGCCGCAGGACGAUUCUACCAUCGACGUUUGUAGGUGGUCCUCGGUACAUGAAACAAUGUUACCACGACGCAAUGGCUAUUGUGCGUAAGUAUGGAAAACCUGACCUAUUCAUAACGUUUACAUGUAACCCCAAGUGGCCAGAAAUAGUAGACAACAUUCCAUGUUGGUUGAAGGCAAACGACAGGCCCGAUUUGGUGGCGAGGGUGUUCCAUGCGAAACUAAAGGAGCUAAUGCAUGACAUAACGGUCAAUAGAGUGUUUGGUAACAUAGCUGCUUAUGUGUAUACAGUUGAGUUUCAGAAACGUGGUCUACCACACGCACACAUACUAAUAAUCUUGCACGAGGAUAGCAAGUUGCUUACUGCUGACGACGUCGACAACGUUGUGUGUGCCUACUUGCCUGAACCGGCAACCGAAAGACGACUAUUUGACAGAGUGAAAUCGCACAUGGUUCACGGACCGUGUGGACAACUCAACCGCAACAGUCCGUGUAUGUUGGACAACAGUUGUUCAAAGAAGUAUCCCAAAGAAUACAGUGAAGAGACUCUGUACAUUUCUGAUAAUGGUUACCCGACUUACCGCAGACCGAACAAUGGACUUGUGGCAAACGUCAGAGGUCACCCUGUCGGCAAUGAGUUUGUUGUCCCGUACAACCCGUACUUGCUGGUUAAGUAUGACGCACACAUAAACGUUGAGGUGUGCUGUACUGUGAAGAGCGUAAUGUAUUUGUAUAAAUAUGUAUACAAGGGCCAUGACGCGGCUACCUUGGAAAUUCGGAAUGGAGACGAAAUAGAUAAGUAA